CGGCCGACGUACGUAGGCGCGCAUGACUAUGAAGCUCCUCGCAUCCCAGUUGACUGACACUUCCGCCCUCGUCAACACCCGCGCGGCGCGAGGUGUGAGCCGCCGGCGAUGGUGCCGAGGGAGGUGGAGGAUCUCUGGGCUUACUACGGCGGCCGCGGUGGCGACGACGGCGGGCCGCCGCACGGGCUGCUGCUGAUGGGGGUGGUGCUGGCGCUGGCGAUAGCUGGGCAGCGGGCUCUCAGCGAGGGCGCCGGGGAGGCGAUCACCGCGGCGGUGACCGAUAUGCUCAGCCCCGUGGGGCUCCUGCUGCUUCCGGUCACCCUCGUCUUAAUCAUCCGCCUCCUCUCCGACGACCGCAGCGCCGCCGUGCUCGCCAACGUCUUCGCCUUCGGCGGCGCGCCCGAGGCUCUCCAGCGCGUCGGGGGGACGGCGCCGGUGGGGGUCGUGGUCGUGCUGUUCCUCGUCCUGAUGAUGGUUUACUACAGGUCGUCGAAGCUGUUCGGCGGCGGCGACGACAGCAGCGGCGGCGAGUAGCUGUCCAUAGCAGCGCGAGGUGCUGUACGUACCGGCCGGUCGCCUCGGCGAGCUGAAGCUUCAACUGAGUCUUCUUGAAAUCAGUUUCUUUAUAUAAAAAAUAUGUGUAAAUCGAUCAAUUUCCUUCUGUUAUGUGUAUGCUGUAUCAAAGGAAAUGUUUAUAGUGCCCCUGCUGCUGUGUUGACUGUUUCAAUACCAAAAUUGAGCUAGACUUUCGGCCUUUCGGGGAUAUCAGCCUAUACAACUUGUGGACUAUCCUUCUUCUGUUCUUCACAGAAAAAGCUUACUGUGCUUGCCCAUGGAAGAGAGAAUACAUAAGCAAGA